GGGGGCGGUCUUAGUUAGCCGGAAGUAGAAGUUUAUCCUUUUCCGUCUUCCUCUGCUUCUUAGCAGUUGCUAGACGUCUCGGGCCACACGCAGCCCCCUCGUCCUGCCGCCGCCAUGCCAAGAAAAAUUGAGGAAAUAAAAGACUUCCUGCUCACAGCCAGGCGAAAGGAUGCCAAAUCUGUCAAGAUCAAGAAAAAUAAGGACAAUGUGAAGUUUAAGGUUCGAUGCAGCAGGUACCUGUACACAUUGGUCAUCACAGACAAAGAAAAGGCAGAGAAACUUAAACAGUCCUUGCCACCUGGUUUGGCUGUGAAGGAGCUGAAGUGAAGGAAUUAUUCAAUGUUCCGCCUGUAUUAAAAUAAUAGGGGAAAAAAAGAA